GGAGUAACGACACUCGUACUGCCUGGUUGUAGCAGAAAAAAGAAGAGCUCAGGUUGAGUGUGGAACAUGUUUGACAUGCAGCUCUUCACGUCAAAGCGUGGGCCUCUGGCCAAGAUCUGGCUGGCGGCACACUGGGACAAGAAGAUCACAAAGACCCAUGUGUUCGAGUGCAACCUAGAGACCACGGUCAUGGACAUCAUCUCACCACAGAUCAAGAUCGGCCUGAGGACAUCUGGUCACCUUCUCCUCGGGGUAGUGCGGAUCUAUUCUCGGAAAACCAAGUACCUCCUGGCUGACUGCAGCGAAGCCAUCGUGAAAAUCAGAGUUGCCUUUCGUCCAGGUCAGACUGACUUGCCUAGUGAGAACACAGAGGCUCCACUCAACACCAUCACCUUGCCUGAAAACUUUACUGACUUUGAGCUACAGCUGCCAGAUGCCAGUGUCAUAGAUGUGGUGGACCACUUCACACUGAACCAGUCCAGGAGCGAGGAUAUCACCAUGAAGGAGGACUAUGGAAACAGCUUUCUUGUGCUGGAGUCUGACUUUGGGAACAAAGCUAGCCUACAACAAGGGGGCAUGUUUGAUGGGAGCUUCCACAGCUUGCCCACACACACAGAUGGCUUCGGAGACGAGGAGGGCACCUUUGACUUCCUCGAUUUCAUGGCAUCUUCCGGGGAGGAUAUCAUACCUACAGACUUUUCCAGUGGUUGUUCGAAGAACAACAUCCCGCCGACCCCACCCCCAACUGCAGAGGAGAAAGAAGCAGAGUGUGUGGAGACAGCAUCUUGGCCCGAUGGGUCAGAUGACUUUCCAGCCAUGGAUGAAACCACACUGGUGGAGAACCUGGAGGAGGCAUUUGCACUUGAGCCUGUGUCCAUCACAUCCACUUUGGAGAAGAAGAGGGAUAAGAGGAAGAGACGGCUUGUGGUGGACCGUGAGAAAGAGCUCUCCAGUGAAGCCAUCCAGAAGCAACUGGCAGACUGCUUUGAUCUGGUAGCCCCACUAGAAAUGGCUCCGCCAACCCGCCAGCUCAUUGAGUGGAAGGAGACUGGAGGAGUGCACUGGCUUCUCCGCCACAGCUGUGUCCCUCUCGUACACCCACAGCUGCAGCAGUGCAUCAUGGGUCAGAAGCCCUUUCUGCCUUCCCAGCUGUUCCCUGGAGACAUGUUUCCAGGAAGGUGGAAGAACAUGAAUGGAAUCGAGGAGCUGGACCCAGAGGAGAUGAGGGCACAGCAGGAAGAAAAUGAUGAGUGCAUCUCCCUGCAUGAGGAACAUCCCAGCCUCCUGACAGACCUGCUUGAGCCUGAGGUCACUGAGCACAGCACUGACCACACACCUCUUGGCCCCCCUGUGGAGCGCAGCAGUCCCCCCCUGGACAGCCAGGAUCUGGAGGAAAAGAAGAUAAACAGCAGAGUACAGAAUCUCCUUCACAUCCUCCAAGAGCAGAGGUGCAGGGGUGCCUCUGGAUUCCACUUAAGCGAGCUCUGCCAGGGUGGAAACCGCACCCACCUCGCUGCCACCUUCUUCUGCCUGCUGGUGCUGCAUAAGCAGAGGGUGCUGGAGUUGCGACAAGAAGUGGCCUACGGGGAUAUCGUCGCCACCCCCGGGCCGCGCUUCUCACAGCUGUAG